AUCUCUCAACCGUGCAGUGAUAUGUUGCUCAGAUGCUGGUUCGGCGGAGUAAAGUAUAAUUGCACAGAUAUUUUUCAUCCAAUCAUAACUGACAGCGGCUUUUGCUGCGUCUUUAAUAUGGUUCAUGCAGACUUCUUAGUCAAAAAGUUAAGUAAUAAACAUACAUUUACACAUAUCUAAAUUUCCUAAGAUUUUUAUUAACUCCAUAUUUGGUUUAGUCCGCAGCCGUGUCCAAAUUGUGAGGACCACAAACCGAAUGGCACUGUAUACGUUGACUGGAGCCCUGAAAAAGGAUAUCCUUCAAAUUUACCUAAAAACUAUAUCCCAACGCCUGCUGUUGGCACAGGUGAAUCUUUGGGAUUAUCGGUAACUCUGGACGUUGAAGCAGAUUACUAUUAUUGCUCUUCUGAGAACAGUGUCGGCUUCAAAAUGCUGCUACAUAAUCCGCUUGAGGUGCCCGAUAUGCGUGAGAUAGGUUUAUUACUCUCACCCGGGCGAGAAACUAAAGUGCGAAUUAAAACUGUUAAAACCGAAUCGGAAAAGUAUUUGCGUUCCAUGGAUACGAAAAAUCGCGUAUGUUAUUUUGAGGAUGAAUAUUCUUUAAAGAAUUAUAAGGUGUACACACAACGGAAUUGUGAGGUAGAAUGCUUAAUGAACAUGUUAUUGACCUAUUGUGGGUGUGUCACUCAUUACGCACCCCUGUCUUUUGCUAACCAAACCGUAUGCAGCAUUUAUGAGUUAUCUUGCGUCAAUCGUGUUCAGCAGCAAUCCAUGGUGACUAAGAAUGGCAACGGUUGUCCGGAAAUUUGUUUGCCCAGUUGCUAUGAUAUCUCAUACCUGCCGGACUUCUUUUACACACCAUUAACACAUGCACGAUUCCAAAUCUCGAACCAACUUAUUAAGAAUAUGAGUGGUCCUUAUGUGGAAAACAAUAUUGCCGUAGUAAAUAUUUAUUUCAAAGAGAGUUGGUACCGAAGCAGUAAGCAGAGCGAAUAUAUUGGAAUAACGGAUUUCUUAUCAAGUAUUGGCGGGAUUAUUGGACUGUUUUUUGGCUUUAGUUUCAUAUCCGUGGCUGAAUUCAUAUAUUACUUGGUUUUAAAACCCGCUCGAAUAAUCAUUGUCACAGCUUGGACGAAACGGAAAAUGCCUAGAUAUAAGAAGACUUUAAAAAAUUUGACAUUGUUGGAAAAACUGUCAACGGAUAAGUUGGGUUCAAUUGAGCAAAGUAAAGUUUCAUUAGGAAAUUACGAAGCUAAUAGAACUAAAAGUCGGCAGGAUAUUUUUCUAAUAUCAAGGAAAAACUGUUCGCCAUAUUCGAACAGCCUCUGGAGGCCUGGUAUGGAAUAUACCCCUUGAAAGUAUAACUAAAAAUAAUUUUGGGUAUUUUAAAAUAAAUAUUUGUAAUUGACAAAAUGUAAUUAAUAUAUAAUACUAGCUGUACCCUG